AUGCUUAACUCAGAUCCCCCUGUCCCUUCAGCCUGGGACUUUACUCCAGUGCAUGACCUACUACGGUUGCCCAUCGACGGUUGCACGGCGAAACCCAGUCGCCACAAUCAAUCUACAGUCCCCUCAUUUGGUGAACAAGCCAAGGGUGACCCCCACUACACCACUCAUGGAAGGCUCACAGAAACUAUCUCUGAGCGGGCUAACCCAAAGCUUGGUGACUUUGAUUCUCUUUGGGAACUAUUCAAUGGGGGCCCUGCUCCUGCAUGUGUCUCGCCAACUUUAGGACCCACAAAGACCACCGAAUCUGAGCUAGGGAAGGUUCCAUCACUCGAUGAACUGCCUUCUGGCUCGGCAGCAAGACCCGCCAAAAAUGUCUCAUUCUCUGACUUCUUUGACAUUGAAACAUCCGUUCCUGUUUCAUCCUUCAACUCUUGUAUCAUCACUGAGUCAAAGCCACGGGCCCUCAAGGACACUAUCACCGGCAAUGACCCUUAUUCUUCUUCUAGUUCAAACACGUACGCGACAUGUAUUCCUGCUGGUUUGGGGGGUCAAUCUUUCACUAUUCUGAAGAGAAGCCCAGGUCAUGAGUCUUCUGGAAUGAGUGCCAAUGUGAAAUUUGGUACUCCACCGACCCCUCCAGUGGUGAUUGCUAGAGCUAGUGUUGGUGAUCUAACUGGUACUCCUACGGCGAAACGCAAGCUUCGGUCUCGUGGAAAAGAUUUCCGAAAGAACACGCGCAACAACCCAAUUACGUCCGAAGAAAGCGCUGGGCUUGAAUCGGAUACAAGUAUCGUGUGCGACUAUUCCAUUUCUGAUAGACCUGUGCCUAUUCCAUUUGCUUCAUCUCGUGUCAACAAGCUUGGAGCAAAGACUCGCCCUCUGGAUACCCCACCGUCGUCAUUUGAUGACAAUGACUGGACACUGAAUGCCGAUACCAUCCGAGGACAUGCUUCCUCUGGAGGUACUCGUGUGCGGUCUAUCCUGCACCAAUCGGCUGCGGAGCGAAGAGCCACCUUGAUGAUCAGACUUGUUGGCCAUUUCCCUACCUACGCCAACAUCGUGUAUCAAGUCGGACAGAUAUCCGAUAUUGACUCACCUCCUAUCCAUGUCUUUGUUGACAUGUCAAAUAUCAUGGUGGGAUUUCACGAUGCGGUGAAAACCUCGCGAAAUAUCCCUCUGUCGACCCGAAUUCCUCGUGUCCACAUGUCCUUCUCCAACCUCUCAUUGAUCAUGGAGCGCGGCCGCCAGGUCGCCAAGAAAGUCUUGGUCGGCUCUGAUCACCUUCCCUUUGCCGACGAAGCCGAGACACUCGGCUACGAAACGAAUAUCCUCGAGCGUGUACACAAGGUGAAGGCGGUCACACCCCGUCGCAAUCGUAAGUCGCGAAAGUAUCCCGGUUACAGUUCCCAGGGUGGAUCUAGCGGUCCUGAAACGGUCGCCGCCUCUGGAGAGCGAUGGGUUGAGCAGGGUGUGGACGAGAUCCUCCACCUGAAAAUUCUGGAGAGUCUUGUGGACACAGUAGACCCGGCGACGAUUGUUUUGGCGACGGGUGAUGCGGCAGUGGCCGAGUUCUCGGGCGGUUUCAUGAAGAUGGUCGAGCGCGCGCUGCAGCGCGGCUGGAACAUUGAGCUAGUGAGCUUCGCUCAGGGAACCAGCUAUGCAUACCGGAAGAAGGAGUUCCGGAUUCGGUGGGGAGAGCGCUUCAAGCUGGUUGAGCUUGACCGAUAUCUGGAGGAGCUCUUCCAAGAAGAGUUUUGA